AUGCUUGACUCCACAAAAUCAGACGCGAUGUUCCGAUGCAAAGACGAUGAAACACGUGGCGUCGGCGACCUGCCAUCGAUGAUCGACUCGGAGCAACUAGACAAGCUGAAAGCUGUGAGAGCUCGUAGGAUCCGUGUUCUUCAACAGAUCGAGACAAUAGGAGAGUGCAUAAAACUAGUGGUUGACGUGCUUUUGGCUGAGGUGAGACGUUUUUCUGGAAUACGUGAGAUGCUUAUGGCCGAGAUGAGAUGUCUUUCUACAAUACAGCAGCAGGAUGGUAAUCUCCCACAUGAAGAGAAGAAGGUCAAAGCCGGCUAA